UAAUACACAUCGACUUCCAUAAAUAAUCUUCAAAAUUUUAUUCUUUACUCACAUCCUCUUCUUCCUCCUCUCUGUCAGAAAAUUUUAGAGUCCUCUGAGUCCUGUUUUCACACACAAACUAAGUUGAUGGAGGUUCACUCUCAGCCCCUUUCCACAUCCUUGAACCACACUUCAUUUCCACACUCUCUCAACUCUUCUGCCAUUUACGAUCCUCCUUCUGAGAAUCAUCAAUCCUCUUCCUCCGGCAACUCUCCGGUCAUCGGUACUUCAGAAAGUGACGCCUUCGAAAUGCCUUUCUCAUCCGACGGCGACCCCUUACCGACCCAAAUGGUCAACAGAGAUGGUGGCGAUGACCUGGGGCUCGCGGCAUUGAAGCUGCAGAAAAUGUACAGGAGCUACCGGACCCGACGACUGUUGGAGGAUUCUGCUGAUCCUCCUUCUGAGAAUCAUCAAUCCUCUUCCUCCGGUGAGUCUCCGGUCAUUGCUACUUCAGAAAGUGACGCCUUCGAAAUGCCUUUCUCAUCCGACGGCGACCCCUUACCGACCCAAAUGAUCAACAGAGAUGGUGGCGAUGACGUCAACACAGCACUGCAGCUCUCGGCAGUGAAGCUGCAGAAAGUGUACAGGAGCUACCGGACCCGACGACUGUUGGCGGAUUCCGCCGUCGUAGCUGAAGAGCUCUGGUGGCUUGCGUUAGACUACGCUAGAUUGAAUCACAGUACGAUUUCUUUCUUCAAUUACUUGAAACCUGAAACGGCUGCUUCCCGCUGGAACCGAAUCACUAUGAAUGCUUCGAAGGUGGGAAAAGGGUUGUCAAAGGAUGCUAAAGCUCAGAAACUUGCUUUUCAGCAUUGGAUCGAAGCUAUUGAUCCUAGACAUAGAUACGGGCAUAGUUUGCAUCUUUACUAUGAAGAAUGGUGUAAAGCUAAAGCUGGUCAGCCAUUUUUCUACUGGCUUGAUGUUGGAGAAGGAAAAGAUGUUGACCUUAAAGAAUGCCCAAGAUCGAAACUCCGGCAGCAAACUAUCAAGUAUCUUGGACCUCAAGAGCGAGAACACUAUGAAUACGUCGUUGUCGAUGGGAAAAUUGUCCAUAAACAAAGUGGAACUUUCCUUGAUACAAAGCGAGGACCAAAAGGAACGAAGUGGAUAUUUGUAAUGAGCACUUUGAAGAGGCUUUAUGCUGGUGAGAAAAAGAAAGGAGCUUUCCACCACUCAAGUUUCUUGGCAGGAGGAGCCACAUUGGCUGCUGGGAGGCUAGAGGUAGAUGAUGGAGUUCUCAAGGCCAUCUCAGCAUAUAGUGGACAUUACAAGCCUACCGAUGACAAUCUCGACAUCUUCUUGAAGUUCCUUGAGGAAAACGGUGUGGUUCUUAAGGAUGUCGAGGUAAAUCGAGCAAAUGACGAUCUUGAAAGCUACGAUGACUUAAAGUCGGUCGGAGGAGGUCAAAUGAAGGCCGAUUUCAUGAACAAACUAGAAGCACUUGACAUCAAAACAAUUGAGGAAGUUGGGGGAGCUGAUAUUUCUUCAAAAUCAGCUCAGAUCUCCCAAGCCGGAGGCAAAACAGAAUACAAAAGGACAUUAUCUGGUGGCCUAAAGAGCCCAAAAGCUGACGUACCGGAGAAGGCGAUAUUGAAGAGAAUUAACUCAAAGAAGACAGUAAACUCUUAUCAGUUAGGCCAUCAACUUUUACUCAAAUGGACAACUGGAGCAGGUCCGAGAAUCGGUUGUGUUGCCGACUACCCAGUUGAGCUACGAGUACAGGCAUUGGAGCUUGUUAACCUAUCUCCAAGGACUCCUCCUACUCCGCCGGAUUGGAAGAGGAUGGUAGCUUUCCCAACCCCAACGACCCCAACAGCAAAGGAUAUCUUCAAUGCUGAUGAUAGUUUUAACUUUUGAAAAUUGUUGUAUCCUUGAAUCAUUCCACCUUGUGGUGCUAUGUAGCUAUAUAUAAACAAUCUACAAUCAAGAACGUAAUGCUUCAAUCUUCAUCAUGUUCUGUCAACUGAUCAAUGUUAGUGUAAACUUAUUGGAGCAUCAUCUUAGUAUGUAUAAUUACAGCUGCUUCUUCUUUUGAGCAAUAAAUUCUUGUUUAGGAUUUUUCUGA